CGCGAGAACUGGGGAUGCCGAUGCUGCUACUGCUGCUGCCGCCGCCGCCGCCGCCUCCUCGGAGGGGGAGACACUCGGGGGGAACCAGUGACGUCGGGAGUUUUCCUGAAAGUCAAUAACGAGCCUGGAGGAGGCGGUUGAGGAGGAGGCGGCGUCGGGAAGAGCCGAACCGAACGCUGGGCCCCGGGCGGCUCCGGGUCAGUUGAGCCGAGAGGAGCCGCCGCCCUGACUCCUCCGCGGAUGCUGCGGCCGAGACGCCCAGGCGGGCGCCUCCCUGAAUAGCGGAGAGUCGCUGUCCAUGUAGCCGCCGCCCCUCCUGCGUCUCCUCCGAGCGGUGUUCGCUGGGGCCGGGACCUUCUCACUCUCGCUGGGGUAAACAGCGGCCGUGAGGGACCAAGCCCGGCGGGGGGGACGAGGGGGGAGGGAGCGGCCCCCCCCGCCCGCCGCCUUCCCGCCAGUUCCACCCGCCGCCCUCGCCCUUGCAGCAGGUUAAUUUAAGAUACUAAAAAGCCAGAAGAAACGUGAUACACUGAAACUGACACAGCAAAACACUAUUUCUCUGAGUCAAGGGCUCAGUGUGGAGUCAUCAUGAGCGAUGUUACAAUUGUGAAAGAAGGUUGGGUUCAAAAAAGGGGGGAAUAUAUAAAAAAUUGGAGGCCAAGAUAUUUCCUGUUGAAAACAGAUGGCUCUUUCAUAGGAUAUAAGGAGAAGCCCCAAGACGUGGAUCUACCAUAUCCUCUUAACAACUUUUCAGUAGCAAAAUGCCAGCUAAUGAAAACAGAGAGACCAAAACCAAACACUUUUAUUAUCCGAUGUCUUCAGUGGACCACUGUGAUAGAAAGGACAUUUCAUGUAGAUACUCCAGAAGAACGGGAAGAAUGGACAGAAGCUAUCCAAGCAGUAGCAGACAGGCUUCAGAGGCAGGAAGAGGAACGGAUGAAUUGUAGUCCAACAUCACAGAUUGAUAAUAUAGGAGAAGAAGAGAUGGAUGCUUCCACAACCCAUCAUAAAAGAAAGACAAUGAAUGAUUUUGAUUACUUAAAACUACUUGGCAAAGGCACUUUUGGCAAAGUGAUUCUGGUCCGAGAGAAGGCAAGUGGGAAAUAUUAUGCUAUGAAGAUUCUGAAAAAGGAAGUAAUAAUUGCAAAGGAUGAAGUGGCUCACACACUUACAGAAAGCAGAGUACUGAAAAACACUAGGCAUCCCUUUUUAACGUCUUUGAAAUAUUCCUUCCAGACCAAGGACCGUUUGUGUUUUGUGAUGGAGUAUGUCAAUGGAGGAGAGCUGUUUUUCCAUUUGUCGAGAGAGCGGGUGUUCUCUGAGGAUCGCACACGCUUCUAUGGUGCAGAAAUUGUUUCUGCUUUGGACUAUCUGCAUUCUGGAAAGAUUGUGUAUCGUGAUCUCAAGUUAGAGAAUCUAAUGUUGGAUAAAGAUGGACACAUAAAAAUUACAGAUUUUGGACUUUGCAAAGAAGGGAUCACAGAUGCAGCUACAAUGAAAACGUUCUGUGGCACCCCAGAGUACUUGGCUCCAGAGGUUUUAGAAGACAAUGACUAUGGCCGUGCAGUGGAUUGGUGGGGCCUUGGAGUUGUCAUGUAUGAAAUGAUGUGUGGCAGGUUACCAUUCUACAACCAGGAUCAUGAAAAACUUUUUGAACUAAUACUAAUGGAGGAUAUAAAAUUUCCUCGAACUCUCUCAUCUGAUGCAAAAUCACUGCUUUCAGGUCUUCUAAUAAAAGAUCCAAAUAAACGUCUUGGUGGUGGACCAGAUGAUGCUAAAGAAAUUAUGCGACACAGUUUCUUUGCUGGAGUAAAUUGGCAAGAUGUAUAUGAUAAAAAGCUUGUCCCUCCUUUUAAACCUCAAGUAACAUCUGAGACAGACACCAGAUAUUUUGAUGAAGAGUUCACUGCUCAGACUAUUACAAUAACGCCACCUGAAAAAUAUGAUGAAGAUGGUAUGGACUGCAUGGACAAUGAAAGACGACCACAUUUCCCUCAGUUUUCCUAUUCUGCAAGUGGACGGGAAUAGCUUGUUGUUUUGUUCAGCUGCUUCACAGUCAUAUUAGAUUUCUCACUGAAAAUGAUUCCUGAACAUCACCACCAGUACUUGCUAUUAUUUAGCAGAGCACUUUCAGAGAUCAUUCCAAAUUGAACAAGUUCCCUUCCUGCCCAGUCACUCUCUUUGAUUUAUCUGCAUGACAUUUUAUAUUGCUCUAAGGUCCCCUGCUGUUGCUGCUGUCCACUGUCUCAGCAUGAGAGGAACAGCAAGUGCAAUCCAAAACCGUUGUGAUGUUAAAUGACAAAUUCUCAAUGGCGCAUUUUGUGCACAGCCGGUUAUCUUUCUCUUAUCUUCUCAGAGCAGAGGAUGAAGGACAUGUUGUUCUGAGAUGUAUUCCUCACUUCUUCUAGAAGACAGGUCAAAAUUCUAGUCAAAAAUGGCAUCGUUUAUGAUGUUUCCUCACAUCUGUUUGAGCUGGACAGAACUGCGAAACAUAGAAGGUGGUGUUGUGUGUAUGCAAAGCUUUUGGUAGGCAUAUCAUCACUGGAAUCAGAUUUGUCAUUAACAUCUGGAUGAAAACAUUCAGGAGAAGGACUUAUCAUUGUUAAUAUAUAUAUAAAUAUAUAUAUAUAUAAAUAUAUAUAUAUAUAAUUUUUUAAUUACUGUUGGAUACUAUACAAGAAGCAGAAAAGCUGGGAUCACCUGGCCUCCACUUAGACUUCCAGAUUCAUGUGCAAUUAUGGAGAAUGGAACCCUUAAAAUGCAAGAAAUUAAGGCAUAAAAGCAGCAGUUGAAAUGCAAGUCUUAUAAUUUGCAUCAGAUAACACCUCUCUCAUCCUUUUCUUUUUCUUUGUUGAUAUGCAUCACCUUUGGUGGCUGAAGAAUAUAGACAGGCAUAACAACAUCGCUUUUCACCAAAAUUUGUACACCAAGGUAAACAGGAGUUUGCCUUAAAUGUUUUUGUUUUUUUUAAUUUUGAGUUUGUGGAUUAGUUUUUUUCUUCAGGUGUUUUAACUGAAUAUUUUUGUUACACUUCAGUAGUAUUUAUUUUUUAGUGACAACGAUCGUAUGUGUCAUGUUUGCAAAUGCUGCUACAUCCUAGAAGAAGCUUACAACAAUUUAUUUUGUAAUGUAUGGAAGGACUGUACAAGCUGAACAAAAUAAUGCACUUUUUCUCUCAUGUGACAAGAAUGUUAACAAGAAUCUGAAAGUGAACCUUGUACUUUGAAUUGGGUUUCUGUAGCCGAAACAUUUCAUUAUGGUAAAGUGAAAAUCCCAAAGCCAUGUAUCCAGAGGAUUUGUGCACUCUCUACUCAAGGUGAAUGUAGUAUAGGAGUCACUGAGAAAUUCAAGUUUAUAUGUCCUUAAGGAUUAUAAAAACAACACAUUAUGCUGUUGCAAACAAUAGAUUAUAUUGUUGGGAAUCACCAUUUUUAAGUGAUGUUUGAUCUCUGGCCAUGACAGACAUAACAUUGUCAGUGAAUUGAAUUAUCUUUCCCAUAAUAUUUAUUAAACAGAAUUUCUGAAUUUUUUAAUUGCGUAAUUUAAAAAAUAAACACAUGGAGGGAAGGGAAUCUGUAAUACAGCCUUUGGUGCUGGGAGUUGGGAUUUUCCAAAUGAGCCAGUAAAUGUAAUAACAGGGCAUGCCAGUGGCAAUGACAUCACAGAAUGCGACUCCAUGAGAUUAUCAUGGAAGUAUCUUGGCUUCACUAUAUUUUCAACUCCUGUAACAAACUGUGAUUUAGCCAAGUAUUAUGAUUGCUGUGUAUGAAUGUGUACAUGACUUUUGAGAAGAAAAUAAUAUUUACAUGCGUAUGUCUCCGCCUCUUGAUGCUGAAAAUUUAGAUACCCUCAAAUGAAAACCACUGCAGGCAGUGGAACAUACUGGGGUUGUUAAGAGGCAUGUGGGCAUUUUAUUAAGGCAGCUAAGACAAACACAUACUUUCCAUAAGCAAAGUAGAUUUCAUCGUAUCUUUGCACCAUGACAGGUCAUGAUUAGUCUAAACCGCUUGAGAUGAAAGAAUUCAGAAUAAAACUACAGCACUUCUUGUUAGAUAUUGUGCCACUGACAUAGUAUGGGGCUAUUAGACUGACUCAGGGGCUAGACCAAACUUUAGUUUAUGAGCAGUGCCCCAGUAUAUUAAAAGUGAUCACAUAUUCACUAUGGUCCCAAUACAAAGUAUCUGAUAUUUAAGGAUCUGUUCACUCACCCAAUGAACUGCGCUAUCAGUCGUAAAGCAUUAGUUAUUCUUUAGUGUGGGGAGGGAGACGGAAAAGCUCACUAAUCCCACUCUCCAAGCAAAUGAUUAGCACUCAGUGGAUUCUUAAGACCUACAACAAUCUGUUAGUUGGAUCUGUGCUUGCCUGAUCUAGUAAGGAGCAGGGCAUGCACAGCCCUGGUGCUAGCGUGGUUUCCCCUUCCCCACAUAAUGCCAUUGCAAGCAUGGGAUCUGCACAUGGAUCAGUCUUGAAGAACUUGAACAAAUGUGCCCCUCCAUGGCUUAAAACAUGUCCGAAUUAGGCUGGGCUGCAGUUUAUGACAGUUCUAUUUUAGCUGGCCCCUAUCAAUAGAAACAUCCUUUUAGAUAUAAUAAAAUUAUCAAGCUAUUAUAUUUCAGUAUUAGAAUACUAUUUUAUAGAAGCUGUUAGUGAACUGUUUGAAAACCAUGCAAUAAUUAAUUGAGAUGAGGGGGGUCAUUCCAUGGAAUCCUACUUUACAUUGGACAAGUAUAAGAAUACAUUCUACAAUCUAAAUUUUGAUAUAUAUUGGCCACACGAGUUAAUAUACACCUUCAGAUAGAAUUCCCAUUCUUUUGACCAGGUUAAAAAAGAUAGUGGCCCAAAUCAUUUCUGAUUGGCCCAUACUGCUGUGAGGGCAAGGUCACACAUAUUUAAAGUUGUGCACCAGCACUUAAGGAUGUAAGUUGCACUUCCAGCGUGUAGGGGCACAAGUUUAAAUAUAUGCACUCUUGCACAGAUUCAGUGUUCCCUGUAACAGGGAUUCCCGGAUGUUGUUAACUACAAUUCUCAGAAUCCUUGGUCAAAGGCCAUGGCAGCUGGGGAUUCUGGGAGCUGUAAUCAACAUCUGGAAAUCCCUGUUACAGGGAACACUGAACGGGACUGCCAUGGCUUCCUUAGAUGCCUACAACAGCAGUAUGAGCCAAUCAGUGUACUUGUGACUACACCUGAUUGAUUUCAGAACUGGUGACACAUUGGCUGGGAACAUCAUGUAGUAAGCUUUCAUUUUGUGAACUGGAAGUGUUCUUUAAUAUGGACAAAUCAUAUGGACAAAACAGUUUUGUUGCAGUUGCUCCCUGCACUGUAAUAGGGUGCAUAGUUUGUCUUACGUGGUUGCCUCCAGCUCCUUUUCCAGUGGACAUUAAUAUAACAACUGGGUUAUUAGGUGUAAUCUGACAGCUCUUUCUACUGCAUGAUAGUUUGACCUCCUGAUCACAUGCAGUUUUCUCUGUUUGCUACUUGUUUUUCUCUGUUUGCUUCCAAUCACCAGUUAUGUUUUGCCCAAUAUCAUAAUGUUAGUCUUUAAAUGAUAAAUAGCAUAUGAAUGCCUCCGGGGCAUUUAAGAUGUUAAAAUGUUACUCUUUCUGUGGUUCCUGGCACCUCCAGAGCAAGGAUAAUUUCAGAUGCAGAUCAGAUGCACACAAACAUACAUUUUCUAGUAAUCUAGGAUAGUAUUACAGGAAGCUCUUAAAUAUUGGUGUCUUGUGUGGGGGUGGGGAGUCCAUAAUGUGGUAACACAUGUUUCUGUGGUAUUGAAGACAAAAUACCAUUUCUUUAUCUCUGUGGCACAGACUUCACUGUGGCAUUAGGAAAAUCAGUCCAUUGGUCCACCCACUAGUAUUGUCUGCACUGACUGGCGGCAGCAACUCUCCAAGGUUUCAGGAAGGAAUUUUCCCCAGCUCUGUCUGGAGAUGUCAGGGAUUGAACUUGGGACCUUCUGUAUAUAGUCACACUGGCUGACACUCUCUGCAGGGCUACAAAACCAGAAGUAGCCCUGCAGAGAUGCAAAAAGACAUGAGCUUUACUGCUCUAUAUUAUUUAUCUGUAGCAGAUGGUUUUUCACUCCUGGAAUCUGUCCAUGAAGAUCAAACAGCUGCCCCUCAGGGCCAGAUUAUAGGAGUUUCAAACUCCUAUAAUCUCACUAGCCACCUAAUGGUGCAGCAGGGAAGUAACUUGCCUAGGGAGCAAGAGGUUGCUGGUUUGAAUCCCCACUGGUAUGUUUCCCAGACUAUUGGAAACACCGAUCUCAGGCAGCAGCGAUAUAGGAAGAUGCUGAAAGGCAUCAUCUUCAGACUGCGUGGGAGAUGGCAAUGGUAAACCCCUCCUGUAUUCUACCAAAGACAACCACAGGGCUCUGUGGUCACCAGGAGUCGACAAUGACUCGACGGCACAACUUUACCUUUACCACUUCCAUGACCACUGGGAGGAAGUAAUAGAGCAGUUAAUUUCAUGUUAUUUUGUGCCUCUGUAGGGCUGUUUCUGGGUUCGUGGCCCUGCAGAGAAUGUCAGCCAGUAAUUCUGCACUGAAUACCAAGACACAAUACCAUGUUUCUUUUUGGUAGUGUUCUUUAUUUACACCUUUGCAUCAUGUGAAACAUAGGCAGACUUUAUCAUAGUGCCAGUAUUUCCCCUGUAGUCUAAAAGUGGAAGUUUUUGUUGCCUUGAGAUUUGCAAAUAGCUUCUGGUUUGUCAAGCGCUUGUACCUCAGCCAGCCACCCAUUCAAUCUGUAACUGCUGUGCUGAAUGCCUCAUAGGCCUGGUUCAAACAUUGCACUAAGCCAUGGCUCAGUGUUACAUGAGCAAGCCUAAGAGAGCCAUGGGUUCAUGCAUUCUCCCAUCACCUUCUCUCUUCCAUGGGAGAAGUGUGACAGCUUUUGCUUGCACUAUAAAUGAAACACAGUUCCAUGCUACGUACAUACCUGAGAAACUGCAGUUUGUUAACUAACUAGAAUUAGAGCAAGGCAGGAUAUCAAACCAGGAACAAACUAUGGUUGAUAAUUCUAGCUUGUUUGAAUCUAGUUAAUUAACAAGUCACAGUUCCUAAGUUUGUCUGUAAUAUGAAACUACAGUUUGUUUUGAAGUGAAAGGAAAAGCUUUCAUUCUCCCCUAGUGUUCAAGAGAGGAAGGCAGGCUUGUUUAGCAUUUAAAUGUGUGAGGCUUUUAUCUGAACCAGUCCAUAGUGUCAGGAAGACCAUGCAAAAUGUGAAAUAUUUUAAAUAAUAGCAUAUAGACAUUGUUCUAUCAAAUUUCAGUAUCUGUCAUGGAAUUAUAGAGAACAUAAUAGUCCUGCUGCCUUCACUUGGACUUUCUUUGCAUUAUUUCAUAAGAAGAAAGGGCUUUCAAAUGAUACCUAACUUGGCCAAUAUAUGAAUACACUGUAUUAACAUUAUAUUCACUGAUCAGAAGUGCUGGACAUGCGAGCUGGGGGAGAGGGGUGCAGGAGCACCCAUAUACAACCCAUACGACAGAGGGCAACACCACAGAAAUGUGGACCACUGAUUUGAUCCAAAUCAAAUAACACUGCUCUACCUUUCUAAUACACAUUUGAAUUACACAUGCUCCCCGAACAUGAAAGAAUAAGCUUUACCAUUUUAAAUUCAAAAUUAGAGUACUGCUCUGAAUAUUUUUGUUCUGUCAGGAAGGGUCCACAUAAUUGGAAAAGAAAUUAUCAAUAUUUAACAUUGCUACAAAUUGUGGGUGGGGGGGACAAGUUAACUCAUGUUAUUGCAAUAGUAACUCGUGUUGUCUUAUGAGUAGAAAAAUUAAAAGUGGCCUGCUGUUUUGUCAGCUACCAGCAUUUACUUUGGUAUUGUUGCUUGUACAACUAUGUAGCAAGAUGUAACAUUUAAAGGCAAACCUUUGAAAUUAGACAUAAAAGAAAAAGGACACUUGAGCUCAUGUCCCUACAUGGAAUGACCCCUGUUUGCUUGGAGCUCAGUCUCUUCAAUCUAGGCUCCCAACAUUGUAGUAAAUCAUAAAGCUGUGGCUGAGAGAUGUUCAUGCAGCUUCUCUUCUGCUUCCCCACAGCUUCCUCUGAGUUAGGCUAGAACCUGAGAGGAGUUUUGUUUUUGUUUUUUUAACAGAGUAUAUUUCAGACUUGUUGACUCCAGCUUGUACUGGCUUCCAGGAUAUGCCAUGUGCCCUCUUGUACUGCAGCCAUCUUUGAGGAAAUAGGUCAUUUCUGUUUAUAUUUUGGCAGUUUUGCACACAGCUUUGCUUUCUACACUAACGAUUCUUCCAACACAUUUCUGCUAAUUACAGAGCAUCUAUUCCAGUAUUGUUUUGUAAUUUCCCACCUUUUUUGUUUGCUUCUUGAAGCUGGCAGUUCUUGCACGGGCCAUGUGCUUCUCCUAGAGUACAAACGUAAGGUUUUUUCCUUACUAACUGCAGGGUCUCUAUAUUACACCUCAAUGUACACACUUUGCUGCUACUGUUUGUACUGUCUAGAGUAGAAUUUCCUUAUCUUGCUCCUGGUAGUGCAUUACAGGCAAGCAUGAAAUGUAAAGUAUUUAUUUAAAUAAAAACUCUAAAUUGGUAAUUGAAUUACCUCCCUGUAGCUUUAGAGUUUGUCAAAUUUCUUGACCUUGCUAGUUCUUUCAUUAGACCCAUGACAGAUCUAGUCAUAUGGUUAAGGAUAUUAAGCAGACACUACAAACCCAAGAAACCGUAUUACUGUUGGUCAUACUUAAACUGUUUAUUUCCUUAAGUAUAUGACCCACAAGGAUGUGAAAUAACUACAACCGUUUUGUACACUGUACAUCCUUAGUAUUUUUACACGUAUAUGAUAGGGAUGCACAUUAUUUUCCUUCGUACAGACAGCUUAAAUAAAGCACUAUGUCAAUCUGCUA